AUGCGUCUGUGUUCACGUUGUAUUGCAUGAAUGCGGUUGUUGAUCAAUCGCUUACCGUGACUGGGAAAAGGCGCUUGACACGGAUAUCCAAGCUUUAACUUUCAAAAUUCAGGCAGUCGGACUUCUGUUCGAAGUGCCUGUUUUUACCUAACUCUAGCAUUCAAAUCUCUACUGUUUAUACUUGCUCAAUACGCGCAGAUAUUUGAAGGUUUGCAAGCAGUAACUAUCAUGAACACCGUGUUAAAAAUAUUUUUCCUGAUCGUGGUAUCAAUUCAUCAAGGUCAAUCGUCAGUAAAAUGUGGUCGUAAGACUGACAUAACAUUCAUUGUCGAUCGUUCUGGUAGUGUAAAAGCAAGUGACUAUAAUGAAAUGCGGAAAUUUCUUAAACAAGUUGGCGAAGCAUUGCAGAUUGGAGUGCGAAAUGAUGCUGGCGAAAUUCUUGGACAGGGAGCAAUUGUAACAUUCAGUGAGGAAUCGGCAAUUCGGAUAACCCUGAAACAAAGUGACACGUCUGGGGCGUUUGCUAACAUUGUUGAUUCAAUGCCUGGACCUUUGGAAGGAGGACGGACUAAAACUGAUUUAGCUUUAGACAAGGCAGACAAGGAAGUGUUGAUCCAGAGCGCUGGAUAUCGCGAGAAUGAUAACGAUGUUGCCAAAAUAUUUGUCGUCAUAACGGAUGGAAAACAAACUCGAAGUUCAAGAACUAUUCCUGUUCGUGAUGCAAUUAAACCAAUCUUUAAACGUGACAUGGAGGUGUUUGCUAUUGGUGUAGGUCUUGAUAACGAAAACGCUAAGCAAGAAAUUCGCGACAUGGUUGAAGUGCCUGGAAGCGCAAUGUUUCCAGAAUCUUAUACUAGUUUGAUAAAUGAUGUUGAUAAUUUUAUCCGAAGUUUCUGUCCAGGAACUACAAUAUGUGGUACGGCCGAAGAUGACUGUCAUGCGGAUGCCACGUGUACAGACACUGCUCCAGGGAAAUAUAUAUGCGAUUGUAAUGAAGGCUUUAUUGGAGAUGGCAAAAUCUGUGAAAAGGAAAUAUCUGUAGUCAGAGGACCUCUCGGUGAAAAAGGAAAUCAAGGACCGCCAGGUGAACCAGGACUAUCCGGACCCGGUGGAGCAACUGGAGCUGGUGGGAAAAGGGGUAAUCGUGGAGGGAAAGGAAAUCCUGGAAGAGAAGGGAAUCCAGGUAGAUUUGGGGAUGCUGGUCUUCCUGGUCCACCUGGGGGAAUGAUUUUGUCUUUUGCUGCGGGUUAUCUUGAUGAAGGAAGGGAAGCAGGAAGUCCAUCAAAAGGGCCUAUCGAAAGAGUCGUAAUUGGGCUAGGCCAAUCAAGAGUUGGACCUCGAGGACCUCGAGGAAGGACUGGGCCAAGAGGUUCGAAUGGUCAGGGGGGAUCACAAGGAUCACCUGGUGCUGUGGCUGCACGGGGUCCUCAUGGCCGUAUGGGUAAACCAGGAGCAAUGGGCCCUGAUGGAAAGGAAGGAUCAAGUGGGGGUGAUGGUCGAAAAGGUCGACGUGGUGGCAGAGGAUUACCUGGAAGACGAGGUGAUCGCGGGGAAACCGGAGUGCAAGGAUAUCUUGGACAUUCGGGUUGGAGUGGAGAAGUUGGAAAAACUGGCAGACAAGGAGAAACUGGAUUCAAGGGUGCAAAAGGCAAUGUUGGUAACCGUGGACAGCGAGGUGCUAAGGGCAUAAUGGGGCGUGCAGGUUCAAUUGGUUUGCAGGGUGAAAGGGGAGCAACUGGAUCCGAUGGAAUGACUGGAUAUCAGGGCGACAAUGGGGAAAAGGGUCCUCUAGGUAUGCCCGGUAUUAAUGGUUUACCAGGUUUUAUGGGUAGGCGAGGUGCUGAUGGGAAAUCAGGGCCAGUUGGUGAGCCAGGCGUUGCUGGUGAGACUGGAGAGCAGGGUGAACAAGGGUCAGACGGUGGAGAUGGAAUGAACGGGCGUACAGGUGAACCUGGAGACAUGGGAAGCAAGGGAGAAGUUGGUGAUCCUGGUCCCUCAGGUCCUCAAGGUGGUCCAGCUGGUCCUUCCGAAGAUGGUGAACUUGGAGCACCAGGGAGUCCCGGAGUUCUGGGGGAAAAGGGAGACAGAGGUCCAGAAGGCGAAAAAGGCAAUGAAGGAGACAAAGGAGUUCAGGGGGAUCCAGGAUAUGCUGGACAACAAGGCGAAGUUGGAGUUGAAGGAGGAAGGGGAAGUCAAGGGAAUCCAGGUGUUCAAGGCACCGUCGGUCGUCGUGGGGCUACGGGACCAGUUGGUGAAGCUGGUGAAACAGGGCAAAAUGGAAUGAUCGGAACAGAAGGCGUUGAAGGAAGUCGCGGCCAGCCAGGUGAAACUGGAGAAAGUGGGGCUGUGGGUGAAAUUGGAUAUAUUGGAGCUCCUGGUAAAGAUGGGAAAAGAGGACGUAUUGGCAAUCGUGGAGCUAGUGGAUCCGAUGGUGCGAGAGGAAAAGAUGGAGCUCCAGGUGAUCCUGGUAUUCAAGGAAUUGCUGGUGUUGAAGGCGAAGAGGGACAACGUGGAAUUGAAGGCCUUAGAGGUGCUGAUGGAAAAGCAGGUUUAGACGGAGAUGAGGGAGCUGCAGGUGAACAGGGACCACCAGGACCACAAGGUAUUGAUGGACGGGAUGGUGAAACUGGUGCUGUUGGUCAAGAUGGACUCGAGGGAGAAAGAGGUGAAAGAGGGCAGAAAGGGAAUGCUGGUCGUGAUGGAAGUGAGGGCGAAGAUGGUCUUCCAGGAAACACAGGAAGACGAGGCUCUCAAGGAGAGAAGGGUUUUGUUGGUGAUGUUGGUGCAGAGGGAACAAUAGGAGACCCUGGCGAUCGUGGGGCACCUGGCGCAAUCGGUCCAGAGGGUGAUACGGGUGAAAAAGGAAGAAAAGGAAGUCAGGGGGACAGUGGAAGAGAUGGUGUCCCUGGAGCAUCUGGUAGUGCUGGAGCUGAUGGUUCCUCUGGAGAUCCUGGUCCGCAGGGUCCAAUAGGAGAUCUUGGAGUAGAGGGACGACGUGGUCCAAAAGGAGGAUUGGGAUCUCGUGGUACAGAAGGUGAUCGAGGAGAUUCGGGGAAAAAUGGAAGAGAUGGUAAUCCUGGUGUCGCAGGAGAGUCAGGGGAGUCUGGUCCACGUGGAAAAAAAGGACCAGAAGGUGACAGAGGGAGUCCUGGAGCUUCUGGUAAUGAUGGCAAGAAGGGUCCAACUGGUGCUGUAGGACCCACUGGAGGAAUUGGAAAUCCUGGCUUUAGGGGUCGCCGAGGUUCUAAUGGUGAAGCUGGUAAGACAGGAGAUCCAGGUCCAACGGGAGAAAUGGGAGCAACCGGACCGCAAGGUGAAACUGGUGAACGUGGUGUAAAGGGUUCCGCUGGCAAACAUGGAGUAAAGGGGAAAAGAGGAGAAGUUGGCAAUGAUGGAGAUUAUGGUCCUCUUGGUGAAACUGGACAAACUGGGAUUAAAGGACAACAGGGUGAAACCGGCGAGAUAGGUCUAAAUGGAGCAACCGGAGCUGAGGGAGAUAAGGGUGCGCGUGGAGAAAAAGGUGAAAUUGGAGAGAGAGGAGAACAGGGGCCUAGGGGCCCUCGUGGUUUGGAUGGUGUGGACGGUACUCUGGGAGAUAUUGGAGCAGCUGGUGUUCCUGGAAUAUUGGGUAUUAAUGGUGAACCGGGUAGCUCAGGUGAACCUGGAAACGUUGGUCCACAAGGAGCCCAAGGCGACUCUGGUCGACCAGGUGAACAAGGCGAGAACGGAUCAGAAGGCUCAGAUGGACGUAAUGGCCGCAUAGGAGAUCAGGGGGUCAAAGGAGCAAAAGGUUAUGCCGGAUCAGCCGGUGCACCGGGAGUAAAUGGAGAAACAGGGGUUUAUGGGAAUCGUGGUAGGCAAGGACCAAGCGGUAUAAAGGGAGUAAUGGGUGACAUUGGUUUAGCAGGACUUGCUGGUUCGCCAGGAACUGUGGGUAAAAUGGGAGCGAAGGGGUCAUCAGGUGCUAAAGGAGAGGCUGGUCAGGAGGGGGACGAAGGUCGCGAGGGUGAACUAGGAGUAACAGGAGAAAUCGGAGCCAAGGGAUCUCAAGGAGAACGAGGAGCUGCUGGAGACACUGGUACAAGUGGAGCACAGGGAGCUAAAGGUGAAUCUGGUCAACAAGGUGGCGCUGGAAUUUCGGGCAUCCUUGGACAAAAAGGUGAACAAGGUGCUGCAGGUUUACCGGGUCUUAAAGGUCCUCAGGGUGAUGCAGGUUCUCUAGGGGAUGCUGGUGACCAAGGUAUUCGUGGAAAACAGGGUAUUUUGGGAGCCGAAGGAAUGCCUGGACCACUUGGUGAACAAGGGCAAAAGGGCGUUCGUGGAGGUCAAGGACCACCUGGUCCUCCUGGACCUCCUGGACCACAGACAGAUACUUCAGCUGCAGCCUUCAGUUUUGGAGCAUCAACGUCAUCAGAGAAAGGACCUCGUUCACCAGAUUAUUACCGUGGUCGUUUGAAUGAAAUCCUCACAAGUCUCAGAAAGAAUAUCGUAGAUAUAGAAAAAUAUGAAUCCGAGUCAAAACCAUUUCAUGCAAUCUCCUCCAUCAUGGGAGAUAUCGAUCUAAUCAAAAAACCUGAUGGCAGCAGGAAACAUCCAGCGUUAACCUGUAAAGAUCUUUUUAAGAACUAUCCAACAUUAAAAAGCGGCAACUAUUGGAUUGAUCCUAACGGAGGAGUCCGCGAUGAUGCAGUUUUAGCGUUCUGUCACUUUGAAAGUUUGUCAUCAUGUGUCUUACCAAAGAAUUUAGAAGUCGAGAAGAAAAGCUGGUACGAAGGAACAAAUCGUUACAUUUGGUUUGCUGAAGAACUGAAGGAUGACGAUAAAGUAAAAUACAUUGUGGAUGGAAAUCAAAUUCGUUUCCUGCAAAUGUUCUCAGCCAAAGGAUGGCAGAACAUUACUUACCAUUGUCGUAACUCAGCCGCCUGGAGUGAUGAAAAUAAUAGCAAAACCAAAUCAAUCAAAUUACGUGGAGAUAACGGAAUGGAAUAUCAUGCCUUAAGUGCGAAGAAAUUCAGACCCGUCGUUGUCAAAGAUGAAUGUAAUAAAAAGGACGGUAAAUGGCACGAGACGACGGUUCAUGUGUAUACGCAGAACACAGCCCGACUUCCAAUCCGGGAUGUCGCUGUAUACGACGUGGGCGAGAAGAGACAACAAUUUGGAGUUGAAUUUGGUGCGGUUUGUUUUGCUAGUUGAAAAUGCAUGACACAAACUAGAAGUCGAAAAAACUAUUAGGCAGCCUAUAGACUACAAACUCUUUGAAUGAACAAAUAAAAUGCGAAAGAUGAAUAUUACACUUAAUACUUAGUGAAUGAAUUUUUAUUUUAUGUUAGUAAAUAUGGUAUUAGUUGCAGCCAAAGGCAGUGUGUAUUUCGCACUUUCCGAGAGACGCUUUCGUUUGCUAUUCCUAGCAGAAAGGAAGCAUACAGUAGCAGUAGUUGAAACGUUAUCUUUUUCACAUCAGAUGACGUGUAAAUGCCAUGUUCUUAUAGAUAUAGUAAAUAAAUAUUGACAACAUUGUAUAAUUUUACAUAUGAGCAUAUCAU